AAGCAACUCUCUAGGUUUCCCUAGAAACUACACUCUGCUCAUAUUCAUUUCCGAUUCCGCGCAAAGGUGCCUCUCUGGUUAGCCAGCUAGCAAAAUAACUCUAGACUUCGCAAAAAUGUAAGUAAUUUUCUCACUUCUAGUUGUGUUGUUUUUUUUUUUCUGGUAACCCGAUGAAUUGAAUUUCGCGGGCUAUCAGUAGAUAUUCUUCUUGUUUUCCCCUUGCGGUUAUAUUUUUAUGAAUUCUGAAGUUUCGGUAGAAAAAAAAAUUUUCUAAAUUAUUACCAUGAAAAAAGAGAUUUAGUAUUAAUGGUUACUGUGCUCAAUAUUUCAGUCUUUUAAGCAAAAAGCGAAAAAUGACUAAAAUAAUCAACCUUUUUAGAAUAAAGAAACUUGCAGUAAUCAUAAAAAUAGGUAUGGAAUAUAUAAUAUAUGGUACAUAAUAUAAUUUUUAAUAGGAUUAUAAGAGCACUUAGCUGGCGAUCACUGUUUUUCAUUGACUUGAGAGAAACCGAAUUAGUUUGAAAUUAGAAUUGGGCGAAGUUCGUAGCUAGAUUGGCCAGGCUUAGGUUUCUUACCUUCAUAUAGACGAACCUAUAUUCAUAACUGGCUAUAUGGAUAUGUGUGUAUUUUUUAAUUAAGUCAAAACACUUGUGUUUACAUGCGUCGAAAAUACACUCUUACAUAUGGGCUGAUCUCCAGUGUGGGUGUUUGUACAUAGCGACGAUCGAAAAGAAAAACUCAAACUGAAGUUGUGGCGACGAUCGUCGAUCGCUGAUCCCAGGGAGGGAUCCGACAUAAGUCGGACGCAACUCCAGCCUGCCACACGCGCCUCGAUCACCAUCCGCUGCCGUCGGAGUCGGAUCGAUCGGACAAUAGCGAGGAAAUUAAGCCGCUUUGUUUGCACAGCGAUUGGAUGGGACAAAAGGACCCUCGACGACAAGUUGGUCCCCUAUAGAUCACCUGUUGACACACGUACAAAGCGGUAGCCUCUUGAACUAGACGAGAUGUGGCCCUCAUCAACCCCGGAUGAGUAGUCACGUCUCAAAUCGAUGGAUCGAUGGUGAGCCAUUCAUCACGAUUGCCAGAGUCGUCUCUAAUGCACUAAAAGUAAGCAAAACAAAAAGGUACAAGCUAAAAAAGAACCAACCGAGUCCAGGUAAACCUGCCGCAGUCCGGCCAGAACUCUUGAUCGGUCAUUCGAAAAGCGGCUUAAGCGAUGACGGAUCAACUGCUGAGCUCCACGGCCGGCGUACCGGGUGAUCCACCGUCAGUUCUGGUGCCCGUGUCAGCCUCCACGGGUGGACCCUAUUUGAGCGGUGGAUCCGAAGGCGAGGCGGAAUCAUCGGAACAGCCCGUUCUUCUAGAGCUCGGUGCCCCUCAAUCGUCAAAUUGUCCGGCAGUUAGUCUCAACUACACAUUAACCGCGGAUGGAGCAGGCUUGUUGGCAUAUGCGCCAACUCAUCCGCACAGCGACAACCUGAUGGGUGGCUACGAGAAGGAAGCGCACAAUAUGGGUCUGUUGCCACCCACUUAUAGCGUCAUACCUCAGCCAGUGUCGAUGUGGCAUGCUGGCCAGGUGGCCACCGGUUCGCCAGUGGGCCUGGAGUACAACAAACCCAGUGAGCUGGUGCCUCCGCCCAUGUAUAUGAGCUAUACCGGCGGUAGUAUAGCCAAUAGCACUGAGGUGGACAUCGCCAAGGAGCACAAUCCUGCCUGGCGGGAGAAGGCGCUGCAAAUGGAGAAGGACUACCGACGCACCGCCUGCGAUCGGGAAAGAACCAGGAUGCGGGACAUGAACCGAGCCUUUGACUUACUGCGCUCCAAGCUGCCCAUAUCCAAGCCCAAUGGGAAAAAGUACUCGAAAAUCGAGAGUUUGAGGAUUGCCAUCAACUACAUCAAUCACCUGCAGGCCAUGCUCCGGGAGAGCUCCGUGGGCCAAAAUGGCAGUGGAUGCUGUGCCUGGAGCGGCGGAAGUAGUUCACCCUAUGAUAAUGGCAACGAUCAUUGGGGAGCGUAAUUUAAAUUAACGAAUAUCUAAGGGAAUUCAUUUAAAUAAUCAACUAAAAACUUAUGUUAUGUUAUAUCCGCAGUUUGCCAAAGUCAUUCCAUGAACCUUUAGAAGUAAAGGUGCAUAGAAAUUCGCUAAAAUUUACGAUUUUAAAAAGAAAAAAUUUUAUUAGCUUUAAUUUUAUAUUAGUUUAUCAUGUUAACCUUUUUAUAAGUGCAAUAAUUGAAUAAAUUAUCAAGAAUAACACCUA